CCUGCAUUCGGCGUAAGUUACGUUCACCUCACUUCAUAAACUCGCCUUCCAUUGUGAACGCAAAUCGUGCAGGUCAAUGUCCUGAACUGUCCACGUGGAGCGAUGUGACACAGUUGCUCGCUGUCAGUCUACAUGGCCGAUGGCAGUCAUGACACGCUGUCCCCCAGAUCUCUGUUGGCCACCGAGCCUAAGCUGCGGUUACCCUCCACCACAGAUCCUCCGUCGGACACAAACCCAUCCAGUCAAAAAACAUGGCUGAUCUUUGGCGCGACGGGCCACAUUGGCCGGUCCCUGGUCAAGUCGGCUCUCGGUCACGGGGACAAUGUGGCAGCGGUCGGUUGGACGAUGGAGAACACCGCCGAGCAGAUGCAAGGGUGGCACGAGCGAUGUCUUGGGCUGCUCAGCGACGUCCGUGUUCGGGAGACGGUUCAGGCGUGCAUCGACGCAUGCAUAGUAAAGUUUGGUUGCGUUGACAUUGUGGUGAACUGCACUGGCCAUGGUAUCAUUGCGGCAUGCGAAGACCAAGACUCGUGCGAUGUCCGCUCGCAAUUCGAGACGAACUUCCUGGGAACGCUCAACAUCAUCCAGCUCACCCUGCCGUACUUCCGUGAGCAGUCUGCCAAGAGGGGAGAGGAUGAGAGUGCCGGUCGCUACAUCAUCUUCUCGUCAACUUCGGGCGCGCAGGGCGUACCUGGCCUGGGACCUUACUGCGCCACCAAGUACGCCACCGAGGGCCUGGUCGAGAGCAUGCUAUACGAAAUCGACGCCUUUCGAAUCAAAGCCACGCUCGUCGAGCCAGCACACAUGAGACUAGAUGAGCCGGCCGGGCUGCACGACCCAGCGUUACAGGGAAUGGGACAGCCGGACCACAAGAUCAAUCUGAAGCGAUACGGCCAUUUCUUCGUGAAGGCGCCCUCCGAACCGUACAACACUCCGACCGCACCGGCCGGCCACGCGCGCCGCAUCAUCCAGUGGCUGGUGGACCGACAGCCAACAUCUGCCGUGAAGUCAGCGGAGUUGGUGUGGCAGCUAGGACAUUGUCGAUAUCCGCCUUUGCGGCUGCUACUGGGAAGCUACGCUGUCGAAAGUGUGCGAGAUCGAUUGCGGAGCGUUAUUGAGGAGAUUGAGGAGUGGAAGUACCUACACUUCCCAGUCGUCGAGGAGGGAGGAAGGGCGAAGGGGGACAAGCAAGCGGAAGAGGACGAAGAGGAAGAUGAGGCGGGGAAAUGGGAUGACGAAGACAUGGGUAUGGAUGGUGAAGACGGGGAGACUGGCCCGGGGGAGGUCAAGCUGGAGAAUGGGGAGGCGUAGAGACGGUGAGAUGUGAGAGCACUCUCGUGUCGCCAGGACACGAAUUACAUGUAGCUGUAUUCUGGAGUCUUCCGGAUUCCGUACGAGC